AUGCUAAAAUAUUGGUUCAAGACUCCUAGUCUGCAGACUACAUCAAGUCAACAGCGUGCAAAGCAGGUCACACAACGUCAACGUAGACUGCAGGGUGUUCAGUCUCUUCCUACACCAUCAUCACCAGACAAGUCUACAAUGGGUCUGAAGCUCGAAAUCCCUCAGCGAGACAUCUCCAAAGAGGAAGAGCGCAGGCUCAAGUUCCGAAAAGCCGCUGCAAAACGCUGGGUACCCAAUCUUCAAAGGCCGCCGCCUCAGCUAAAAGAGAUCAACGCUGCCUACAACAAUAAGCUUAUGAGGCAUUACACCGACGGAACUGCAGCACCGUCAGACAACAUCAUCAGACCGCCAAUCAGCAGGUCCGCCCGUGUCGACGCUUUACUCGCGACGCUCCCACUUCAACCGGCACAAAAGCUGCCAAAGUCACUCAGUCAAAUACAAGCCGAGCACCGCGAACAAGUCAGAAUUGAGGCACUUUUGGAGCCAAACAGGAAGAUCACAGAAAGUGCGUACGCCAAAGAAUUAGCGAGGGAAGCUUUCUCGUCAAAUGGAAAACCUCGUGACCGCAAAAGUCUCAAGCGCAAGUCCAUGGCUGAUUCGGAUCUGAAAGUCGAGAUCAUCCAGAAGGGACGUCAAGGCAAAGAUAAAGACUUUGCCUGA